AUGGACCUGAGACGUGCCAAACAUCCCGCGGGCCGGCGGAUCAACUUCUAUCGCACCGAGGCAGACUGGAGCGAAGAGACCCGUCCCACUGAAGAGUUGGUGAAGUCUCUGCACGACGGCUGGACACGAAGACCCACUGCAUGGACUCGCUUGCUUACUCUAGAUCGUGCGGAUCGGAGCUUCGAGACCACGCAAGCCGCGUUGCUGAGUCGUAGUAGCGUUGGACGGAGUCGCUCCCAAUUCGCCAGUGUCUCUUGCGAUGACCAGGCGCGAAGGACUCCGAAAAGGCCUCAAACCCAGGCCACACCCGGCUGGUCCCUGCGCUACUGUGAGCUGCUUGGGGUGGGCCCACAACCCACGCAGCGAAGGUUGAGCCGUCGAGAGGCAGUGACAAAAGUGCCUGCUGCUGUGGAGCGCUUCCAAAAGCAGUUGGAGAUGGACCGCUCGUCGGGCAAUUCGGUCUUCUUGGCCACCAAAUCACGAGGAACUCGGGAUCCUCGAGUGCAGAGGUAUCAGACCUUCCACAGACAAGAGAGCAGGAUGCGUGCACGUCGUCGCGCCAUUCAAGCGGAUGUGAUGGGCCAGAGCCGAAGAUGCAUCAAGUUGGCAUUCAGGUAUAUGCAGAUGAAUCAUGCAGAGCGAAUCGACUACUUGAAAAAACUCUUUGACAGCAAAAUGUCGAAGGGUGGCAGCGUCAACCGUCCUGAACAGUAUGGUAUCUCCAAUGAGGAACUGAAAGGUUUGGCCGCCAAAAUGGCUCUUCCGGAGCAGGAGGUCGAUCAUUUGGAUGUCCAGUUCCGACAUUACGACUUCGAUGGCAGCGGCGCCUUAGACUUGGAGGAAGUGCGGAGUAUCCUGGCAGAUAUCGGCCUCAGCCCGCAGAACCGCGAGGAAAAGUUUGAGGUGACCGAGUGCAUUAACGAAAAGGUGCAGAAAAUGGGCUGCGAGGAAUUUGAGUUUGAAGCUUUCUUGGACCUCCUGAAAUCGGUGCGCGAACGCCUCAAACAGGUGCAGAGCAUCAAAUGCUGGAGGCUCUUCCAUGAGGCGGAUGUGAUUGGCAGAGACAGCUUGGAAAUGCUGAAGAUCAUGGCAUUGUUGGAGACGAAACUGGGCUUUUACUUGAGGUCCUCAGAGGAGAAUUCCGAGGCAAUUAACAUCUUUGCGCAGUGUGACACCGACUGCGAUGGUUGUUUGAAUCUGGAUGAAUUUCAGGCCUUCGUACAAAAGGUGCGGGCCAAGCUUCUGACGCUGCGGCGAAGGGAAGAAGUUCAAAUUGCGAAGAAGUUUGAUCUAGAGCCAGAGAUUCUCCAUGAAUUCCGUUCCGAUUUGCCAUCUUUUUGGAAGAUUUUUGAGCGCUAUUCCUUCAACAAAGUCGACCAAGGAGUGCGCAAGGAAGAUUUGCUGCCAUUUAUGGUGGACAUUGGUUUAGCUCCAUCGAACACGGAAGAGCCACAGUGCCUCCCACUGAUCGACGUCAUCUCGGAGUUCGCGCAGAAGUACACGAAGUUUCCGGCUUUACUGGAGAUCUUACGGAAGGGGCGUUUGGCUGUCCGCGCCAGCUUGGAAGAGGACAACCAAGCAACGGUAGGAUCACCUUUAGCUGACAUCGGGUUCAACUUAAUGAUGUCGGCUUUGCUCUCUGAAAUUCAAGCAGGUCUCAUGCAGAUUGAGGACUACACACAGGGAGCUACAGAACUUGGAACGUAUGUGCCGCCCAUUGCAUGGAUGGAUGACGUGGCAAUUUGCCUGACCACUUCGCAAGCUAUCCAGCUGGUGCCACUGAUUCAAGACACCACAAAAAUUGUGCAUGCGGCCUUCAGAAAACGUGGCUUGACGCUCAACCUUGACAAAGGCAAAUCCGAGCUCAUUGUGGUGUUCCGAGGUCCUGGUGCAGUUGCACAAAGAACUCUCCUUUUCGACAUCGAGAACCAACCAAGGGUCACUACGACCACUGAAACCCACAUUUUGAGCAUGAGGGUCAUUUCAUCAUAUCGUCACCUUGGGGUGAGGUUUGCCAUGAACUUGGACUACGAUCGGGAAGUGAUUGCGAGGGUAGGUGCAGCGCACCAAGCCUUCGCACAAAUGCAGAAAGCCAUUUUUUGCAACAAAGCUAUACCACUCCCUGGUCGGCUUGUGCUUUUUCAGAGUCUUGUACUUUCUCGACUGCUGUAUGGGUGUGCGGUUUGGGCUGAGCUCUCUGCAGCAUCGUACCGGAAGCUUGAGGCGACAGUCACUGGCUUCUACAGAAGAAUUUGCAAUACAGGUUUCUGGUCAUCUGACCACCUCACUGAUCAAGCAUUUUUGCAAAGUAGCAGAUUGGUCUCAUUCCGCAUCUUCUGGGCUCGGCAUCGCCUUUGCUAUUUGCACCACCUUGCCAGCCAUGGACAUACCUUUCACAAAUCGUUACUCCUUAUGGAGUUUCAAAAUGAGAAGGGUUGGCUUGUCGAAGUUGCAGAUGAUCUUCGAUGGAUGACCAAAUUCCAUGAACUGCCGUUUGACAUACCUGUUGAUCGCGCUGGUUGGAUCUCAGCUUGGAGUGCUCUUCGCGAUUGCAGACCAUGGCGCAAAUGGGUUGUGACAGCAGUUGCGAAACAUCUCGAGCAGGAGAAGAUCGCGUAUGAGAUUGGUUUUUACCAUCGCCAAAUUCAGACGGAACUUGAGGAGGCUGGCAUGGAGCUGGCACCAGCACCAUCUUCUCUAGAUGCGCGCAAGCAGAAGAUGGUUCGUCGAGAACUGCAGCAGGUGUGGGACGAAGGUCAACCAGACUAUGCAUGGUGGGAACCUAACCAAAGCACUGAACUCACUGCCAGAUGUCAUCAGGCAUUUGAUGAUUGCCUUCAGCGAUGGUUUGCUGGCGACCAACCUGACAUUGUGAGUUUCCACAACCUCUUCUUUGCCACCAUGUUUUCCCUGGACAUUCCUGAAUUUCAAGCUGCUAGGCUAUUUAUUCACUGGUCUGAGACAUGUUUUGCUGAUUUUGUGCCACAUGAAGACCAACUGGAUUACAUGGCAGCACUGGAUGAAGCGAUGAUGACGCUGCUCGAAGAUUUGCAUAUCUGGAAGCCAAAUCGCAGAGCUGCCCCUGUGCAGGGCCCUUACUUCGUCAUCCACCUCUACGCUGGCCGACGUCGAGAAGCAGAUUUUCACUUUUAUAUGAGCAAGCUCAUUGCCGAUUGCCCGCAGGCGUGGGCGAAUCAUAUCACUGUGAUCUCGCUGGACACUGCUAUUGACAGCAGUAUGAACGUCCAUUCUGAGCGUUUGUGGAGCUGGCUGUUAUCAACAGCCAAAGAGGGACGAAUUUUGGGCUUCCUGUUAGGACCUCCCUGCGAAACAUGGAGCAGUGCCAGACACGAGUUCAACCAUGCGGAUGAUGGAGCACUUCUUCAAGGACCACGACCUCUACGACAUGCAGAGGCUUGCUGGGGCAUCCCUGGACUUUACCUGCGAGAGCUGAAACAGCUCUCUGUGGGCAGUUGCCUUUUGUUGCGUGGCCUCUGGUUGUGCAUCCCCAUCGCAUUGACAGGUGGGGCAGUGAUGUUGGAACACCCGGCACCACCUUACCAGGAAGACCGGCCAUCCAUUUUCCGUACAGGGCUGGUCACACUGCUUCUACGAGAAGGAUGGCUUUUCAGAAGACACACGUUUCAACAAUGGCGCCACGGCUCCAAAGGGGUCAAACCAACGACCCUUUUGUUUGCCAACAACAAGAUUCCGGAUGUGCUGGCGGAAUUUGCUUUGAGAGGCAUCGAGCGACCAACUGAAGCCUUGAUUGGACGCAAUGAAAGUGGCAAGUUCAAGACAGAGGUUGCGAAGGAGUAUCCCAGCAACCUGUGCAGUUGUUUUGCCACCGCAAUUUGGCGGCAUAUCGAAAAGCUGCCCCUUGGCAUUGAAGGCGAAGCUCCUUCAUGCUUCGCAGUUGAAUUGGCUGAUGCCUCUGCCCGGGUGGAUCCCGACAGAAGCUAUUUGCCGGAUUACCAGCCCCAAUAA